UUCGCGGGACCCAGGGAGAGGAGGAAGUUCCUGGAAGUGGAGAGCGCGCGCCGAGACCCUCCCGCAGGUCGGCGCUGCUUCGGAGCGUGCGGGUGUGCGCGUGCGUCAAAGGUUCAGGAGCCAACCAAGAUAGAUUUACUGCUCGCUCCGGGCGCGAACGCUGGGCCGACGCGUCACGGCCCACGUGACGGCCGGCGGGCCAUAAAAGACCCGGUCGAAGCUACACGCGGUACACACAACGCACGCAGACCGUUGGGCGCGCGUUCACGGCUCCUCUCCCCGCUUUCGCGUGGCAGUCGCGCGCGCUUUGUUUUGCCUCGUGCGGCGCAUGGUGGCCGCCCUGUGAUCGGGGCCGCCUGGAGGAGCAACACAUUGGACGCUGUGCCGCGCACUCUGCCGGACUGCAUUUGUCUCGGGAGAGCGGCGGUCGCGCGGAACCUCGGCUGCCGAGGCUGACCGGCAUGGCCCUGGAGAACGCGGCGCGUCGCGCGUCACCAACGCGCACCACGGCCCGGCCUUCCUCGAGCCAGGGUUCGGCAGCAGACAGCGAAAUCUGCCUGACGGGCGAUGGGGUGGGCGGCGUCGCCGCUGGCGGCCGUAGUCCAUCGAGCCAGCAGCAGCGCAGCCCAAGCCACAGCGUCCGCAGGAAGCCACGUGCCUCCCCGCACCGAUACCACGGCAGCCACAGCAACGGCUGCGCCUCGGCCACUGCGUCCCCUCUGCGGGACGCCAGUGUGAGCCGGUCCCAGUCCAUGCGCACCACACGCCGGCCUCACUCGCUGCAACGCCACUUCCGCGACCGAAUCGCCAGCAUACCGGGCGACCUGCUCAUGGUGAACGGCGCCAACGACUCGCGUGGCUCGUCCAGCAGCUCGCUGCCCUGUGACGACCCGGCGGCUGACGUGCAACGCCUCAGAAACUUUGCCGUCACCUCCAAGGGCGUCGUGAACCGCGGUGACUCUUUCCGUUCCAAGUCGCGCAGUACGCAUAGUGUCGCCUCGAAUGGCAGCGGCCACAAACUCGCUGUGCCGUGCUCAUCGGACGCCGGCGGCGACGCGACCAGCGAAGCGUACUGCGUGUGCGCAUCGUUGGACGGAGACAGGCGUGUAGUCAGCUCCCUGCAGCAGCUCAUUGCCGAACCCGCGGUGCGCACGGACCGGGCCACGUUCGCGCUCGCCUGCCUCGAGCAGUCCGGCCCGAGCCUGUCCGGACUGCCGCCCGAGGUCGUGGUCACGAAAAGCGCCGAUGCAGCUGACCUGGCCCGCUACCGAAUCCUUGUCCUUGGUGCCCGAGACGUGGGCAAGACGUCGCUCAUCAACCAGUUCAUGACCUCCGAGUACAUCUACGCGCACGACAGCUCGGUCGAUGAAGAGAAUGAGAAAUCGGUCAUGGUGGUUCUCAACGGAGAAGAGUCGGAGCUUACCUUCAUUGAACACGUACAUCAAGACGAACUGUUGCAGCACGCGAGAAACCCGUGCCAGGCCUUAAGAAGUCCACCGACGGGUUUCAACCCGGCGGCCAUGUAUCGUCCGGAUGCCUACCUUGUCGUUUACAACAUCUGCAGUCGAAGCAGCUUCAAGAUCGCCAAGGAGUAUCUGUCUCUGAUACACCGCUGGGACAACGUGGAUCACAAGGCCGUCAUUAUGGUGGGCCACAAGACGGACCUCGUUCGUAGUCGCGCUGUGACCACUGACGAUGGACGCUACUUGGCCACCAACGAGCGGGUCAAGUUUAUCGAGACGUCGACGUGCAUCAACCACCAAGUGGACGAGCUCCUGGCCGGCCUGCUGCACCAAAUUCGCCUCAAGAAUCAGAUCAGCUACAAGGAGAGCUGUAAGCGCGACUCGGUCCGAAUGCGGGGCCGCAACUCCAGCUGCACGUCAUCCUUCUCUGGGUGCAAGGCCAAGGUCUUCCUUAAGCGGUUCCUGCGGAAAGCCUGCUCGCGGUCGCGGUCCUGCGACGAUCUCCACGUCCUCUGAGAGGGAGGCCUCCGACUUUCUCGGCUCUGGUUGUGCUCUCUUUCGCGGCUCAGCGGGCGGCGCCCCAUCUCUCGCCGUGGCGCCUGUCGGAACGCGCGCGUGCACUAAGACGAAGACACGGCGACUGUGCUUCGCUGGCGCGAUCGGUUCUCCCGACAUAGAAUUGGUGGGCGAGUGUCUGAUUUUUUUUUUUUUCGUCACGGCUAUUUACAUUGCCAGGGACAACAGCAGGCUUAAGCGCGAUGCAAUCCGCGGGGGAGCUCGGAUAUUCCUGCCUUGUAAGAGCCAGUUGACGCGUUUGAUGCAGAAGUGUAAGAGCAAUCGAUCCGCUUUCCCUACAGUAAGGGCUGGUCAUUAAGUUCCCAGAAAGGCCAAGUGACCACUGGCCGACAGUCGGUGUACCACGUUCAUAACUCGUUAUCGAGUGCGGCGUGAUAGCAGCACGUUCCCUUCUAAGACAAUUAUCUGCUAGUAUCGACGCCCUUCUGCGUUUUAGGGCCCUGUGGUCCUGCAGUGGCGCGCGAUAAGCGCUUUCUCCUUCUUUUCAUUUUUUUUGCCGUAAUUUUCUGCGCCUCCGAUGCGCACUAUUUCCGCCGCCGCGCUUGGAAGGGUGCUUUAAAGCGCCAUGAUAUCGAUUCGCAUAACCAAAUCCGGUCUCGAUCGAAGGGAUUCCGCCUCCUUACUUUUCUAGACGGUAUCUCCACGCACCCCGGCGAACGUCGCUGUCUUUCACAAACGUGCCACUUUUAUAUCGAGAAAUGCCGUGACAGGUUGAAACGCUCUGCUGAAGCAACGCGGAAAGAGCCAAACAAGUUUUCUCAGGGAGCUUUUGCAGGAGCGAUAUCUCUUCUGGUUGACUGAAGGUACAAAAUUGAAGCUGUAAGGCCUGUCAGUAUAAGAGAAAAGGACCACUUCUGUACUGUAAACAGAUCGCCGCCUAGCAGUAGAUUUUGCACGAUAUGGGAUUGCUGUUGCGGGAACUUAUUGAACGCCCUUCGUAUAAUCAUUUGAUUUCAUUCCUCUCAGCGGAGCCAUUUACGGGGUAGUCUGCCUUUGACAGCACAUUUCACCUCGUUGAUUACACAUAGAAGGGGGAUAAACAUGCUGCCUUUUUUUUUUACUAUUGUAUGUACAAUUGCUCGUUUUGAGUUCCUUCGUGAGGGAACAAUAUGCAGGCCCAAAGCACGAAAGUCGUGGUAUCGCUUUGCGACCGGUUGUAGGGGAAGGGUAACCGACGGAGAUAAUCAAAUCAUCUUGAUGCUCAUUUUCCUGGCGUUGUACAGGGAGUCGUGCUUUCAAAAGCCACUCUUCUUUUUUGUACAUUUCGCUUCCGUUGUUUACGUAGUACGAUUCGCUGUGUUUCACUGUGUGCGCACAAUGUUUCUACGUCGGUUCACUCGCAUCGGUUCAUGUGUUUCGAAACGCAGAAGUGAAAGCGACUGCUGGUCAGUGGUUUGUAUGCACGAGUCCAACUGUCAACUUUAUUUUAUCUUUCUUUUGUUUCGCGCUCUAUGCGCGUGUCAUCUAUAUACCUUCCACACAUUGUAUUCGCCGUUGUAUGAGACUGUCGUCACAAGUAGUUUGUUACAGUGCACCAGUGUAUUCGACGUGAUUUUCGAUAUUGGUGGUGUUUUUGACGUUGAUGUCAAUGCCUCUGUUGUCUUGUUGCUCAUGAAACUUGAAUAAUGGUUGCUGUAUCUUCAAACUAGCUCAAACUGUGACGUGAGGCGAAACAAAAUGUAGUGCAUGCGUUUUUUUCUUUCUUUCGGGACACAUAUGUUAUGUCGUUGCCUGUUUCGCACUUUAUUUUGUAAAAACAAGCAUGCUAUAAUCAUUUGGUUCUCUGUAUAAAUGCUACAAAGUUUUUUUGCUUUGAGCCUUUCUUGAUUUUGUUUUUUCAAUAAAAAUAUACACUUUAGGAA